ACUUAAACAUGGCGAUUCAGUCGCUGUUUAUGCCGCUGGCAUACGGUUCGUAAGUAGCUCCCGCAAGAGCAUCAGCUAAUGAUUCGUUUUUCCUGACGGCAAUGGACAUUUCUGUUACUCAAAAUCAACGGACAAUAUUUAGUGCUACAAAUAUGGAUACAAUUGAGCCUCAAGGGCUUCAAGAAAAUCGAGUUAACAACAUCAAUAACGUAAAGAUUCCGAAGGGCGUAGAGGCAGACCCGACGCCUCCGGCAGCAAUGGAGGAGACGACAGCUGCGCAAUCUGCUGAUGAAGAAAUGGAGCUUAGCAGCAGGAGUGACAACUGUAUAAAAGAUCGGGAAACAUUUUUAGUAAUGAAUUCACGGAAAUUUGAAAGUGGAAGUGGAAGUGGGGAGGCUUGUCAUGCAGAAGAUGGUGCAGAUAUUUUGGCGAAAAAAAGGAAAACUAGACGAGGAAAACCAAAGCACAGAAAAUUAAAACCUUAUUCAAAGCAACCGUCUUAUCAACAAAGAUUACGAUGUCGUGCUAAUGGUAGGCAGUUGAAGAAAAGCAAUCAGCCAACAGCACCAUACAAUACGACACAAUUUUUAAUGGAAGACCACAGUGAUUUGCCAGAUUUAGAACAGAAACUUGCAGUUGUAGCAACUAGUGAAGUUCCAAAAUUAUUUCAAAAACCUUUAGCACCACCGCGAACACGUGAUUCAAGCUUCAGUAUCGAUUCUGAUGAAGACUACUUUUAUUCUUCGCCGGAAGAUGAAGAAGAAUUCUUGACAAAAGAAUUUUCAAGUGCUUAUGAGGAUCUUCAUGCCGAAAGAUUGAGUAUGUUAUCUAAAUCUGAAUUAAUUCAAGAAUACAUACAGCUUGAAGCAAAACUUGAUCUUUUAACAAAGCGAUUACGGAGUAAAAAUUUUCAGCAAACAGAAGAAAAAGAAGCAGAUGGCAAAACCAACGGUACUACUUCAUGCAUGUCAGAAAGUGAAAUGGCUAAAAAAUUGAAAAUUUGUCAACAAACAAUAGAUGAUUUGAUGCAACAAAAUGAUCAAUUAACGAGAGAUCUUGAAGCUCUCAGGGGAAAAGGACGUAAAAGUUCUGUAUCUAGUGUGGACAGUGAGAGCGAUAGCGACAGCGACAGCAGCAGUAGCUGUAGCUGUUCAGAUGGCAACGGGUCUUCAAGUUACCAGUCAGCACGAAGAAGUAUGGAACAAAGAAUCGGCAGUCGAGUGACAGCAUCCAGUACAGGCGAUACCACAAGUAGUAAGGACAAUUCUUCCUCAAGUCCAAGUGGGAAUCCAGAAAUGAAUAACACCGAUCUUGUUAACGGCAGCGUGAGCAAUCAAGAUGUAGCUGAACUUCCAACCUAGACACAUUCGGUUUACUCAUUUCUCCUUGAAAUAAAAUGUGAUCCAGUUCCCUGAUAGAAUGACUGACGCGAACUUUUAAUGAACUUGACAUUUUGGUCCUUUUCAUUCAAAGAAUUUUUCAAAACUAAAAAUUAUAAAUUUUUUUUUUUUUUUUUAGUUUUUUUAUCCAAAGGAUUCUUCGAAAUUUUUAAAUCGUUAAACUAAUGCCAUUCUUUCGUAAUAAUGAUGAAUCACGUAUAUAGUUUUAUCGAUAUAAUUGCACAAAAAUAAGGCUACAGACCAUCAACUAACGUGUGAGAACUAUCACGAUAAAAGAAGUAAAAUAUUUAUGAUUACUCACGUUUAUCACUGAAUAAAUUAUAAAUGUAAUUAAAUGCAGUGCAUUUAAAACAUAAGAGUAUUAAUGCCAAUAUAAAACGGCUAAAAGACGUUUAUAUAAAUAAAAAUAUUAAACGAUCAAAGAGUUUUUUUUAUUAUUGUACAAUUGUAUAGAAUUUAGAUAAUAAGCAUUGAAAGUUAGUUUAUGGUCUGAUGUUUGCGCGAACUUCACCUGUCAAUGAAGUUUUGAUCUUUUUCAUAUAGUAUUUAAUAUUCAUCAUUUCCAUUGAUAGUUCCUGAAAUCUUUGAUUUCUAAGAAUCAUUCGUUCUAUUAAUUUAUGAAAUCUUUUACAAUUAACAAAGUAUCUUAUUUACAUAAUAAUGAAUUGGCAACUAAAACGCGCUGUGCGAGUUUAUGGAGAUAAAUUAAUUUCAUGUUUUUUAUUAUUUAAAUAGAGGCGACGUUUAAUGACCCUCGAGCGUAUUCACAACGCCAAAGAGAAUUUAUUUCUUCACUUUUUUUCAUCAAUAAAUGAAUUCGUGUAUAUGUAUAUAAAUCAGGCCGAUACCAUUGUGAUAUACGACGUAAUGUGAUACAGUACUGUAAUUCCAAUUUAAUAUUCGGUAAACAGAAUCCAUAAUCGCGUAUGGGAGCGUUUGAUUUUUCUUUUGAGAACAAUAAUAAAGAAUAUAUAUAUAUAUGAAAUAUAGAUAUAUAUCGAGAGUAGGCUAAUGUAAUUAUAUAUAUAUAUGAUAACAAGAAAACUCCCAUUAUCUUCCUUGAUUCAUGAUAUGUUGUACAAUUGUUAUUGCUUGAAAUCUUUAUUUCAUCUUUAUCGUUUUCAUUUAAAUAUAAUUUUAAAUUACAUACCAAUUUUACAAUUUUUCAUUCUUCAUGCGAUAAAAAAAAAAAGAAGAAUAAAAACUUAUAGUUUUUCUCUUUA